AAAACCUCACGCGUCCAUUUAAACUCGACGUCACAUUCAGAGCAAUCCCGGAAGUGAGUGUGAAUGUACUUCUCGCUUCGUUAACGUCUUCGUUUCUGCAUGAACCUCCAGCAUCACUGUCGCGAACAUCAGAGGUUCCUGGUUUCGCAGCCAAAUGGACUCUGUGACGCCGAGCCGAGGUUAGAGGCAGGUCAAGAGCGACAGGUGAAGGAACUCUCAUCCGCCAUGGGGAACAAAUCAUCCAAAAGUGUGAGCGUCGAGGAGCCCCCUAAAACAACUUUGUUUGAGAGGGAAUCAGGCGGGAUCACAUACAGGAUUCCAGCUCUGCUCUACCUGAGGCACUGUCACACAUUCCUCGCCUUUGCAGAGAAAAGAACCACCUUUCAUGACCACGACGCCAAACGUCUGGUUAUGAGAAGAGGAUUGCUCCAAGAGGAUGGAUCUGUUCAGUGGUCGUCCAGUCAGGAGAUUUUGACUGCAUUUCUACCAAACCACCGCACAAUGAAUCCCUGCCCUGUGUAUGAGAAAAACAGCAAGACGCUCUUCCUGUUUUUCAUCUGCAUAUGGGGAAACACCACAGAAAUAAAGCAGAUUGUCACAGGUAAGAACAAGGCCCGUCUUUGCUGUGUGAGCAGCAGCGACGACGGGCAAACCUGGAGCCAGGCGAUGGACCUUACAGAGAGUGUGAUUGGGGAAGCCAUACACAAAUGGGCCACGUUUGCGGUCGGGCCUGGCCACGGCGUUCAGUUGGAGAAUGGCAGGUUGAUCAUUCCUGCGUACGCCUACUACAUCCCGUACAGAUGCUGUUCCUAUCCACUUCCUUGUACGGUGUAUCCACGUGCGCUGUCAAUAUACAGUGAGGACUUUGGACAGACGUGGCGUAUCGGGAAGAUGCUUCAAAAGAAGUCAUGUGAAUGUGAAAUGGCGGAGAUCAUCGACCACGAGGGAAGGAGCCACCUUUACUGCAACGCCCGGCACACAGGGGGCCACAGAUGUGAAGCCCUGAGCGAAAACAGCGGCGUCUACUUCGAUAAGCCCCACAUGGCCAGGGAGCUUGUCGAGCAACCCUCGGGUUGCCAGGGCAGCGUCAUCGGCUUCCCCGCGCCCGAAUUUGUUCCCAACGACGACGCCGAGAGCAAGGCCUGCGGCACGUCGCUCCUCUCACCAGACACUCAAACCUGGCUCCUGUACAUGCACCCGACCAACAAGUCCAAUCGGCGGGACAUGGGCGUGUACUUGAACCGAUCCCCCUUGCACUCGUCCGGGUGGGACCGGCCCAGGAUCAUCCACAGGGGGCCGAGCGGUUACUCGGACCUGGCCUACAAUGUGGACAAGGACCAGUUCUCCUGUCUGAUGGAGUGCGGGAAGGAAAGCGAACUGGAGCAAAUUGCCUUCAUGACCUUUUCCCUCAAUGAUGUCAUGCAGACAGGUGAUAAGAAAGAGAAGAAGAUGGUCUGAAUUUGGGCCGUUAUUGACAGAGAUCUCCUUAUAUUAUCCCACCACUAGAAGAAAUCCAAUCAAAACACCCCAUGACGUGCUGUGCUGUAACAUUCAUCUGUGUUUACUACUGUUUUACAUUCUGCAGAUAGUGAAUGCAUGAGUCAUGUGUUUUCUGGUCUCCUUGAGUGAAGUACGUCUUAUUAUAAUUAUGCAAGAGCAUAGGGUUAUUUUUAAUAGGUUAUGUGGUUCAUUUACGCAUGCUGUGUUUGAAGUGUCAUUUUUAAAGCUGGUAUUGUGUGUGGCAUGUUUGAUGAGCACUUCAAAGCCGUUGCAGCAUCUUAUUGAAGUGUCACUUUUUCUUCUCAGCAAAGUUAGCCUACCUCUUUAUUUUCUAAUGAAGAUCAUAGGGGGCCUUGCAAACUAGUCCGCAGAUUUCCCUCCAUACAGUCCUCUCCUUUACAUUUAGUAUACUCUAAUUCACAUAUGCCUUCUGCUGUAUUGUUUUAUAUGGAAGCUGUGCAGCAGCAUUGUCCUGUGAAGGUCACAGGGAGGGUCAUAAAGCUGUCAAUAAAAUAGGAGAGGGGAGGUAAACAUGAGAGAGACCAAACAUGCUGAACCACAUAUGUGAGUUGUUUUUUUUUAAAUUAUUUUAUUUAUUUUAUUUUUUAUUGAAGCAGCUCAUUCAGCUGAACUCUUAGAAUCAGUCUUAUUGUAGAUUAUCACUUGGAGAUUGAAGUACGCCUUCGUACGAUUGUUUAUAAUGAAGCUGUAAAGAGCAUAUAUAAUCUUUUUUCACCAUUUUUACUUUCCAAUUAUGUCCCGGCUUUUAGCCCAUGAGAUAUAAUUUUUAUGUUCUUUACGGAAAUAUUUAAAAAAAAAAAAAAAGAAGAAAAAAAACCUCCCCAGGGAAGACACUGAUCACUUGGCAGCUGUGAGAUCGCAACUGAAAGUUAUUGAUUAACGAAAUGGCUCCCAGAUUGUAUUUCAGCUUAUAAAGGAAAGAUGUAUAUCCCAGAAAAUCUGGGAGAGCUAGGAAACCUAAUAAACCAGCACCCUACGUAUGGAUUUAAGCACUCUGUGUUGAGCCCAGGAUGUUUUCAAUACUCCACAGCAAUGAAUAAUCGCUAGAGUUAGCAGUUGCUCUGACCCUAAAGACAUGUGGCAGAGGGAGGGGAAGUUAAGCUACUGAUAGACACUCAGUCUGACGCUGCAGUGAGACGCAUGUUCAUUUAGUUCAGACACAGAGGAAAAAAGGCACUGAAAAUGCAGGGUGACAGUUUAGAGAGAGUUUUUCUCUAUAUCAGUAGAGGUUUUGCUCUGAGAGGACAAGUAAAUGGUAAAAAGCACUUUUUUAUCUGAUAAACUUUAUGCUCACAAACAACUGCAGUCACCAUGAGUUUUUUAAUGUUUUUUUUGUGUGCAUGAACAAACAGAUGACACGUCAUCAUCCAUCUGUUGUACUCAUUUUCUGUUUUUAAGACAUGCAACUACAGCGCAGUUAAAUUUUAUAGCUUUUAAAUUUUUGCAUCUGCUUUAUAACAAUACCGUGCGAUAAUUAUUUUUCUCAUAAAGUAUGAUAUCUGCCCUUUAAGCGUUUGAAAUUCUGUCAUGAAGUUUUACAUGGAGCUGGUGAAGAACUGCUGAAAUGCAUUUUUUAGGUGUUGCACUUCUACUGAAAGGAAAGAAUUUACAAUUAUUGACCUGAUUAGAAAGAAAUGGAUGGAUUAUUUGUCUUUGUACGCCAAAAUGAUGAAGUGUAUUUUAUAGUUUCAGCUGCACUGCACAGGAAUAAUAGACUGUUUACAUGUGAGUUAAAGACUGUCAUGGUCAAAAAUGGCUCACAGUUGCACUUACGAUGGGUUAGUAGAAACUGUGAGUGGUUAGAAAAUGUAACUACUGCAGUUUGGCCUGAAAUCAGAUAUUUAAAGCUUUCUCAAUAUUUAUUAGUGCGCCUCAUAAAAAAUGUGCAAGAAGUCUUGAAAGUUAAUUCUAGCUGUACAUGUAGGAUGGUUUAUUUAUUAAAAAUCACAUCAGAUAUAUUGGGAUGGUGUGAAAGUAAAGGACAACGGAGAAUAAUUUCCCACAACAUAAAUUACGACAGGAUUGAUGCAAUUGAACAUUCUGCAUGCUUUUUUACGGGCCCAAAAUGUAACUUGACUAGAGGAACUGGGAGAAUCUACCAACCAGAACGGGAUCGGUGAUGAAUUUUACUCAUAUUUUUAUUAGCGCAGGCGUCAUAUUGAUAAUCUAGCGAUUGUUAAAAGAAGAGAUUGGAUAAACUUCAGAGGCCCUCAGUACUUUGAUUACCAAAUGUAAUUAUAGUUAUGGGUAAUUUUUAGUCUGGAAAAUGAUUCACAGCAACAAUUCAGUUAAACCUGGGUGAAAUCCCAGCAACUGGAUUUUCUUUCAUUAGAAUAAAUCUUAAAAAAAUAAUUUUAUUUGCCAGCUUAUUGUGAUUAUUACUGUGAUUCAGGCUAAAAUGUAAUUCCAACCAUUAUUUUAAAGUUAUAGUUGUUCUCGAUGACGAACUGCCUUCUACUCGGAUUAUGUAUGGUCAUGACUGACAGGGAAAAACUUCUAUGUCUCUAAAUUUGACAUAGAAGAAUUAAGUGCUGCUUAUUUAUGACAUUGCCAAAAAUAAAAAAAUCUCUAACGUACCAUUUUUUAUUUUUUGCCAAAAUGUAAACACUGCUUGUACUUGCAUCUGUGGUGAUUGCCAAACAGGCUCUACAUUUAUUAUUUGAAACCAAACACAUUAAUGUUUCUAAUAUGCUAAUUUCAGCUGAUCACAUUAGAUAAAAAAUAAAUUCAUUGAGCUUUAAUAUUUAUUUCUAAAGGAGUACUUUAUUAAUUCCUUGCACAUUAAACAUGAUUUUGUGAACAGGCCUUUUUUUUCCCAGGCUGAAUAUGUAAAUAUGUGCAGGACUGUGAUUCAAUAAGCUCGGUUCUCUGCAGUAAAAACUCGUAACAGCAGACGGAGACUCACUGUUCGUAGAAGCCACUCAGAAUUUGCACAAAACAAAAUACUGCACCAACCUUAACAUCUCAUUUGCCUAUUGUUGUGAGGAAAAAUGCCUCGAGGUCGUUUCGUUGUGUUUCUGUUGGCUGUUGUGAAAAGUGAUUAAAAACCUGCAUGGAAUGUGUAUUUUAGUAGAAAAUAAAAUUAACUUGUGAGCAAUUGGUUCA